GCCCACUGCUCGUGCGUGACUGCUCCGAUUCCUCAUCUUGCAAUCGAUUUCCCCCAUUUGUUCCCCUUCCCUACCUACAUACCCAUCCUAUUCAGUGACAUCGGUGGCUCCAGCAGGCGCGUUUCUCCUCUCACCACGGUCUUUACCACAGCAACGCUCUUGUCCGACCGUGAUCAUCCAAGGUCAAUCGGAGGAUCGCAUACAUCUGCUUAGGAUCACACAAUGUCUUCUCCCAGGCAGGUCUAUCUGCUGCCGCUCAAGGAUGAUGGCUCUCCAGACGUUCCGGGAGGCUACAUCUAUCUCCCCGCACCUUCCGACCCGUCCUACCUUCUCCGCUUCGUGAUCGAGGGGACGAGCUCGAUUUGCAGGGAAGGUCAACUUUGGGUGAACAUCCCUGAAGAUGGUCACCCAUUUGAUCGGUCUGCUUUCCGCAGCUUCAGACUCUCUCCGGACUUCAACAAGAAUAUUCAAAUCGACGUUCCCAUCACAUCUCCCGGUUCAUUUGCCUUCUACGUGACCUUCUCUCCGCUUCCUGAGUUCUCGGUUUCUCAGACUGCAACUCCGGAGCCGACAAGGACUCCAACUUACUACAUUGACGUCUCGCCUAAAUUGACCCUCCGCGGUCGCGAUCUGCCACUCAAUGCUCUUUCCAUCUACUCAGUCAUUUCCAAGUUCUUGGGUAAGUAUCCUACAGAUUGGGACAAGCAUCUUAAUGGUAUUAGCCAGCGCAAUUACAACAUGAUCCAUUUUACUCCUCUGAUGAAACGCGGAGACUCCAACUCGCCGUACAGUAUAUUUGACCAGUUGCAGUUUGACGAUGCCGUGUUUCCCAAUGGGGAAGCAGACGUUGCUAACUUGGUCACGAAGAUGGAGGAGAAGCACGGGCUCUUAUCACUGACAGAUGUUGUUUGGAAUCACACAGCCAACAAUAGCAAAUGGCUUGAGGAACAUCCAGAAGCUGGCUACAGCGUUGAAACUGCACCAUGGCUGGAAUCUGCCUUGGAUCUGGACAAUGCCUUGUUGGAAAUCGGAGAAAACCUUGCUUCUCUCGGUUUGCCGACUGAAUUCAAAUCAGUGGACGAUCUUGUCGCCGUCAUGAAUGCAAUUCGUGAACAGGUCAUCCACAAACUCAAGCUAUGGGAGUUCUACGUCGUCAACGUUGCUGCGGAUACACAGAAGGUCAUUCAGCAAUGGCAAACUUCCAAGAGCAUCGACAUAACGAGCGAUGAGUGGUCGCAGCACAAGCUGAAGGACUUCGGCAACUGGACUCUGGAAGAGCAAGCGAUCUUCGUCCGUGAAAAAGCUAUUCCGACAUCAAAGCAACUCCUUGGUCGGUACAGCCGAGCGGUUGAGCCGAAGUUUGGAGCAGCGAUACUGACUGUGCUGCUUGGUCCUUCGGAUGCCGCAAGUUCGGAUACCACUGCGGCCGAGAAAGCUAUCUCAAAGUUACUCGAUGAGGUGAAUCUCCCUUUCUACAAGGAAUACGACGCAGAUGUUGCAGAGAUCAUGAACCAGCUCUUCAAUCGCAUUAAAUACCUUCGGAUUGACAGUCACGGACCUAAGCUUGGUCCAGUCACGGAGCAGAACCCACUUAUCGAGACGUACUUUACGAGGCUGCCGCUAAACGAUACCACCAAGAAGCACGAUAGCAAGGCUCUGGCUCUCGUCAAUAACGGCUGGAUUUGGAACGCUGACGCGCUGCGGGACAACGCUGGGCCUUUUUCCAGAUCGUAUCUCCGUCGAGAAGUCAUUGUCUGGGGCGACUGUGUGAAAUUGAGAUAUGGAUCCUCUCCUGAAGAUAAUCCCUUCCUCUGGGAAUUCAUGACCAAAUAUACCCGUCUCAUGGCUAAGUAUUUUUCGGGUUUCCGCAUUGACAAUUGUCAUUCUACGCCGUUGGUAGUGGCAGAAUACCUUCUGGACGAGGCACGAAAAGUUCGGCCCAACCUCACAGUUUUCGCAGAACUCUUCACUGGUUCAGAAGAGGCGGAUUACAUCUUCGUCAAGCGACUUGGUAUCAACGCGCUCAUUCGCGAGGCAAUGCAAGCCUGGAGCACCGGAGAGCUUAGCCGACUUGUGCAUCGCCAUGGAGGCCGUCCGAUUGGAAGCUUCGGGGUUGAUCUGCCUUCGUCCGGCAGUAGUCAUGCUAUAGCUUCAUCAGGGAUCGACGGUGGGAAGGAGAAGGUUUCUCACAUUCGCCCCAAUCCUGUGCAGGCUCUCUUCAUGGAUUGUACUCAUGACAACGAAAUGCCGGCCCAGAAGAGGACUGCGAUAGACACGCUUCCGAAUGCAGCUCUAGUAGCUAUGUGCGCCUCGGCGAUCGGAAGCGUCAUUGGAUACGAUGAGAUCUACCCCAAACUUGUCGACCUUGUUCAUGAGACUCGUCUGUACUCUUCAAGAUUCUCUGAGUCCUCCAAGGUUGACUUGGAUUCGCUCGAAGGAGGUAUCGGUGGCGUCAAGAAACUCCUCAACGAACUGCAUACUAUUAUGGGUUCGGAAGGCUAUGACGAGACUCACAUUCAUCACGAUGGAGAGUACAUCACGGUUCAUAGGGUACAUCCCAAAACGCGGAAAGGAGUUUUCCUAAUCGCCCACACGGCGUUCCCAGGGCAAGAUAGCAAAGCGAUAUUGGCACCCACCCGCCUGGUCGGUACUCGAGCAAAGCACAUUGGGACGUGGCGGCUGGAGGUUGACUCGAGCGAGAGUACUAGGAAGGAAGUUUCAGAGGACAAGUCCUACUUACGGGGCUUACCCAGCCAAGUUCAUGCUAUCGAAGGCACAAAGGCCGAACAAGACGGCAACGACACAGUCAUCUCAGUUCUGGAGUCGCUUGUUGCCGGAUCUAUCUCCCUCUAUGAAACUUCCAUCCCCAGUGCUGAGCAUGCGUCUGGGCUUGAUGUUCAUAUUACGGAAGGAGUAGACGAGGCUUUCUCAAACCUGGGCUUGGUUGAUCUCAAUUUUGUGCUUUAUCGCUGUGAAGCAGAGGAGCGAGAUUCUAGCAAUGGCCAAGACGGGGUAUACAGCAUUCCAAACCACGGCUCUCUAGUCUAUGCAGGUCUCCAGGGUUGGUGGAGUGUACUUGAGAAUGUCAUCAAGUACAACGAACUAGGUCAUCCUCUUUGUGAUCACCUGCGCAACGGCCAGUGGGCUCUAGACUUCAUUGUUGGAAGACUGGAGAAGGUGGCUAAGACAGAAGGAUAUUCUGCUUUACACAAGCCUGCAGCCUGGUUGCGGGAGAAGUUUGAUGCUGUGCGCAGUUUGCCAAGCUUCCUACUUCCCAGAUAUUUCGCCAUCAUAGUUCAAACUGCCUACAACGCAGCGUGGAAGCGCGGCAUUCAGCUCCUCGGUGGCAACAUACAGAAAGGACAAGAGUUCAUCCACCAGCUGAGCAUGGUGAGUGUGCAAAUGACUGGAUUUGUUAAUUCUGCAUCCCUAUGGCCGACAAAGAGGGUGCCUAGUCUUGCAGCUGGCUUGCCGCAUUUUGCUGUUGAUUGGGCAAGAUGCUGGGGUCGAGAUGUUUUCAUCUCCCUGCGAGGUCUUUUACUUUGCACCAGUCGGUUUGAUGAUGCCAGGGAGCAUAUAUUCGCAUUCGCGAGCGUCCUCAAACACGGAAUGAUUCCGAAUCUACUCAGUAGUGGAAGGCUACCACGGUACAACUCUCGUGAUUCAGUCUGGUUCUUUCUUCAGUCUAUUCAGGAUUACACCCUGAUGGCACCGGACGGAAUCAAACUCUUGGACGAGAAAGUGCCCAGAAGGUUUCUUCCUUAUGACGAUACGUGGUUCCCAUUCGACGAUCCGCGAGCCUACUCGAAGCACUCAACUAUAUCCGAAGUGAUCCAGGAAGUGUUUCAACGACACGCUCGGGGCCUAUCAUUCCGAGAAUACAAUGCAGGGCCUGACCUUGACGUACAGAUGAAGCCGGAGGGGUUCGAAAUUAAUGUUCAGGUUGACUGGGAUACGGGCCUGAUCUUCGGUGGUAGUCAGUUCAACUGUGGAACAUGGCAAGACAAGAUGGGAGAAAGCGAGAAAGCUAAGAACAAGGGAGUCCCUGGAACGCCGCGUGACGGAGCUGCCAUUGAAAUCACAGGUCUCGUCUACAGUGCAUUGAACUGGGUAGCGAAGCUACAUGAGCAGGGACUUUAUCAGCACUCUGGGGUUGACCUUGGGGAAGGAAAGUCGGUGACUUUCAAGUCAUGGGCGGCAAAGAUCAAGGAGAAUUUCGAGCGCUGCUACUAUAUUCCAUCAAAUCCGGAGGAGGAUGCCAGUUACGUUGUUGAUCGGAAUGUGGUCAACCGGCGUGGAAUCUACAAGGAUCUCUACAAAUCAGGAAAGCCAUACGAAGAUUACCAGCUUCGUUCGAACUUCCCGAUUGCCAUGACGGUUGCACCGGAUUUGUUUACACCUUCAAAAGCAUUGUCGGCCCUGGCACUUGCCGAUGAGGUCCUGGUCGGCCCAGUCGGCAUGGCUACUCUUGAUCCUUCUGACCUCAAUUAUCGACCAAACUACAACAACUCCGAGGACUCCGAGGAUUUCGCUACCUCCAAGGGUAGAAACUAUCAUCAAGGUCCGGAAUGGGUGUGGCAGCGCGGGUUCUUCCUCCGUGCGUUUCUGCACUUUGAUCUAGCUCGCAGAGCGACACGCGAGGAGCGAACUGAGGCCUACCAGCAGGUUACUCGACGACUGGAAGGCUGCAAAAAGGCUCUGAGAGAAAGCCCGUGGAGAGGUCUCACGGAACUUUCUAACAAGGACGGUGCAUACUGCGCUGACUCGUCACCCACGCAAGCAUGGUCCGCUGGAUGCCUGCUUGAUCUGUACUAUGAUGCCUCUCAGUACACUCAGGAUGACUCGGCUGUACAAAAUGAAGUAGACAUGCGUCCUACAGUGCUAAAGAGCUCCGCGUGCCCAUAUGCAUUGAUAAUCCAAGACAUCCGUCAAACGCACCCAAGCGCAGAACACAACCUCACCAGAGUCAUGUCGCUCUCGCAAUCUGCCGCGGCAGCGAUGCUGACCGCGGUUGAUGCGCCCAUUGAAGUACAUGAGCCGAGUUGGGGGGACCAAACGAACCCUCGCGACUUCUUAACUCAGUUUGUCAUUAGUAUGACUAUCGGCCUGGGCGCUUUCCUUGCUUUCUGUGUUUUGCGACCAAAAUGGACCGAGCUCUAUGCCGCGCGGAGAAGACAGCGCUGCGCUGCAUCCCACUUACCCGAACUCCCUGAUAGCUUCUUUGGUUGGAUACCUGUGCUGUAUCGCAUCACUGAAGAGCAGGUGCUCGAGUCGGCGGGCUUAGAUGCAUUUGUCUUCUUGACCUUCCUCAAAUUCGCGAUUCGGUUCCUCUCCGGCGUGUUCUUCUUCGCCUUGGUCAUCAUCCUUCCUAUGCAUUACAGGAAUACCGGUAAAUCGGGCGUCCCGGGCUGGGACGACGAUGACGAGCCUGUUGACGUUUUUGAUGGCGACAAGGAUAAGAAGAAGAUUAUAUCGGACCCGAAUUACCUGUGGAUGUAUGUGGUAUUCACGUACAUCUUUACUGGACUCGCCGUCUACAUGCUCGUUCAGGAUACAAACAAGGUCAUUCGCAUCCGGCAGCAAUAUCUCGGGAGUCAGACAAGCACGACAGAUAGGACAAUUCGCCUCUCUGGUAUUCCUCACGACAUGGGGUCGGAGGAAAAGAUCAGAGAGUUCAUAGAAGGUCUGCAAAUUGGAAAAGUGCAAAGCGUUACCUUGUGCAAAGACUGGCGCGAACUGGACCGGCUGAUUGAUGAGCGGCUCAAGAUCCUUCGCAAUCUGGAGUGGGCAUGGACGAAGCACCUGGGCUAUAAACGCGUCAAAGCCAACGCAAAUCGAUUGCCAUUGUUGCAGCAACAUGCGCGUGGAUCCAGCAUCGUUUCGGAGGAGGAUAGCGAGCGCAUACAGCUUAUCUCUGACAGCACGCCAGCCCACGUCCUUGACUAUGCUCACAAACGACCGACUACCCGCAUCUGGUAUGGACCAUUCAAGCUGCGCUACCGGAAUGUGGAUGCUAUCGACUAUUACGAAGAGAAGCUCCGGAGGAUUGAUGAGCAGAUCCAGCUUGCACGCCAAAAGGAGUACCCACCCACCGAGAUUGCAUUCGUCACAAUGGAGUCUAUUGCCGCCUCGCAGAUGGUUGUUCAGGCCAUCCUUGAUCCGCAGCCAAUGCAGCUUCUUGCUCGUUUGGCACCAGCUCCUGCCGAUGUCGUAUGGAAGAACACCUAUAUCCCUCGCUCGAGACGAAUGAUGCAAUCCUGGUCCAUCACAGUUGUCAUCGGCUUCCUGACGGUUUUCUGGUCUGUGCUUUUGAUUCCUGUGGCGUACUUGCUCGAGUAUGAAACUCUUCACAAGGUGUUCCCCCAGCUGGCGGACGCUUUGUCACGGAACCCGCUUGCCAAAUCCUUGGUUCAAACUGGUCUUCCCACUUUGGUCCUCUCGCUGUUGACCAUCGCGGUGCCGUACCUCUACAGCUGGCUGUCGCAUCAGCAAGGUAUGAUGUCUCGCGGUGAUAUUGAGCUGUCCGUCAUUUCGAAGACCUUCUUCUUCUCCUUUUUCAACCUCUUCCUUGUUUUUACCGUGUUCGGGACUGCAACAACAUUCUUCGGUUUCUGGGAGAAUCUCAGAGAUGCAUUCAAGGAUGCCACCACCAUUGCCUUCGCACUGGCCAAAACGCUGGAAAACUUCGCCCCUUUCUACAUUAAUUUCCUGUGUCUACAGGGAAUAGGAUUGCUUCCAUUCCGUCUUCUGGAAUUUGGGAGCGUGGCGAUGUAUCCCAUAAACUUUCUCACGGCGAAGACACCCCGCGACUACGCCGAGCUCAACACGCCUCCCGUGUUCAGUUACGGGUACUCUAUCCCACAGACGAUUCUCAGCUUAAUCAUCUGUGUGGUUUAUAGUGUAUUCCCCAGCUCCUGGUUAAUCUGUCUUUUCGGACUGAUUUAUUUCACCAUCGGCAAGUUCAUCUACAAGUACCAGCUUCUCUAUGCCAUGGACCACCAACAGCAUUCAACCGGGCGAGCGUGGCCGAUGAUUUGUAGUCGUGUUUUGAUGGGCUUGAUCGUCUUUCAACUCGCGAUGAUUGGCGUCCUGGCAUUACGCCGAGCAAUCACCCGCUCUCUGCUCAUCGUUCCCCUCUUGAUGGCAACUGUGUGGUUCAGCUAUUUCUUCUCGCGAAACUACGAGCCCCUGAUGAAGUUCAUCGCGCUGAAGAGUAUCGACCGUGAACGUCCUGGUGGAGGAGAUAUCUCGCCUUCUCCAUCGUCGACUUUCUCGCCGCCAUCUGGUCUCGAGCGUGAUGCGUUCCCGAUCCGAAUUGGUGGUCAAGAACUGGGGCUUAGACUCAAGAAAUAUGUGAAUCCGAGUCUCAUUUUGCCCCUUCAUGACGCUUGGCUUCCGGGGCGCAGCACAGCCCCAGGAUACCAGCAUGAUUCCGGUGUCGAGGAGACGCCAAAUGUCGCAGCCGAAGAGAGUGUCUAAGGCUUCGCGAGCAAUCCCAUCUUGGCAGUAUGCCUUCCCUUUUUCAAUCAUGCUUCCCGCACAUACAACCUCCCUAUACCUUGUUUGUAUUUCCACGGCUCGUCUCUCAUUCCUCUCCUUGUGGAUGACGCUUGAUGAUCUAUGAUGCUACGCCCACAAUAUCUACGAGAUAGCCAUAUUCUCUGACUUUAAAGUUUCAUGUUUUUAUGUUAUGUGUAUCAACCGCGCUUAUAGACAUAUUGUUGAAUUGUUGAGGCGGUGGGAUUUGUCCACAGUUCGUCAGCAUGUCUUGCUUUUCUGUACAUUGAUCUCUCGUUUUAUUGAUACCAGGAGCUGUUUCCCGUCGAGGGCCAUACUAAUAUGUAACUCUAUUUUGUGACAUGACUUGAUUCAAUUGACUACAAAGAGUGUAUUUAAGUGUAGGCAGG